GAAUCACCGUGUUGUAGCCGUAGCCAGCCAACAAACGACCUGCUGGGUAAACAACAGUGGAUGCCUCGGAAGGCAGGAAUGGGAACUUCGUAAAGGGCAAAUAGUGAGACUUUUCUGUCUGGUUAAACGGGAUCAAAAUAUAUAGCUCCUCUCCAGCCUUCUGAAGGUCGGUUGGAUGCCGCGGCGAACCAAAAUGGCUGAAUUUAUUCGAGUAUUUAAGAAGUAAAGUGGAGCUAGCCUUAGCUUAGCUCGCCGCUACGGAGGGCCCGCUGCCGUCGAUUUUGUCUCUCGGCUCCGCUCGGGACUGUUGUCAGUUUCACAAUCCCUGCUACAACCUCCCUCCGGUCGCGAUCUCAUCGUAGGCCUGUCCGGUUGCAGCUCGAGUUAUCAUCCAGAUAAGUGUCCAUUUUAAACGCUCGACUCCUAUUCUCUUUAGGAUUUAAUCUCUCAUGUCACGAAAAGGACAGUGACACAUUUUAAAAUCAGGACUUAGACCCAGGUUUUGUGAAAUGCUGCGGACAAAAGCCUUGGAUUUAAUGUGAGUGUGCCUGGAGACAGCGCUGCUGCCACCAUGAAGAGUGAAGUGCCAUCUGAGGCCUCUAGCAGACAGGAGCAUCUGAAGGAGCCACUGGUGAACCCAGAGUCCAUGGACGGGGCUAAGAACUUCCCCAACAACAUGGAGGUUCUCGGAAAGGCGGCUAGCGACUUCGAGGCCCUUUGUGAAUCCAGGCACAGGCCCCUGAGGGACACGGGGACGCACAGAGACUCGGAGAGGAGCCUGGCAGGGCGGAGAAAAAGAAAAGGGCAGCAGGCGGGGCCGUCGGACUGUUCGCUGAAGGAGGACCACAUCAGUGAGAACUCGCUUGCUCCUCAGCGGGCCAGAGUAGAACUUUUACCGCAUCCCAGUGAGGAUGAACAGAACAAUGAGUCGUCCUUUAGUGACUGUGCCUCUUCCCCAUCAUCCAGCCUCCGGUUUGGAGACUCGGACACCCUUAGUUCAGAUGAUGAGGGGGAAGCCGGAGCGACAGGGGGCCAACACAAGGCCCCUGCCCUACCACCUGGCGGAGGCGCCGCGGUCGGCCUGCGCCCCAGUCUGGGCCGAACUCGGGGUAGUCGCUCUCACAAGUGGGUCCGACCCGAGCCCGAGCCGGUGCUGUUGAAGCGGCCGUGCCUGAGCAGCCGGCGACCGCUGCAUCGGAAACGCUUUGUGAAGGCGGCUCCCGGCGGAGGCCAGCGGACUCAAAAGCAGAAGGAGCGGCUGCUGCUGCAGAGGAAGAAACGGGAAGUGAUCGCACGGAGGAAAUACGCUCUGCUCCAUAGCACUAGCAGCUCCAGCAAAGAGCUUAGCAGCGACUCGUCCUCGGCGUCAUCAACCGAAGCAGAAGAUGAGCUGUAUGUGGAUGUCAGCAGCACCAGCAGUCAGCCAAACAGUGCUACUGUAGCCACAGGCGCUCUGGAUGAGGAUGUGGUGGUGAUAGAGGCGUCUCCUGCUCCAGCGAAUGCUGUUCCCGCCAGCGAGGAGAUCAACGUCACCUCGACGGACAGCGAAGUGGAGAUCGUCACCGUUGGAGACGGAUUUAGGUCACGCUCAGUCGGGGGUCUUAGUAGGAUUUGGGGCAGUAGUUGUGCCCAGAAUCGCCUCCAGGAGCCGCGUGGACGUCACCGGCUGUCUACAGUCAUCCAGCCGCUGCGCCAGAACCCCGGAGAGGUGGUGGAUCUCACUGUCGACGAGGAUGAUCUCUCAGUUGUACCAACAACCUCCGGCAGCAUUCACACUCAGACAGUAAGGUCGUCCUCUUCAUCGUCAUCCUCCCAUCACGCUUCUACCUCUGAGCUCAAUGAUGCCCCGGGCCCUUCCACCAGCUGCGCAGGUUCAAUGCCUGAAAGUGUGCACACACAAAGAACCAGUGGUUCUGUUCGAACAGCCGCCGAAGAUGACAACAGACCAGGCUUGUCUGGUACAGGAGGAGAAAACUCAGGCACAGCCAUGCCCAGACUCCCAUCCUGCUGUCAGCAGCACUCUCCGUGCAGCGGCCCCUCUCCUGGUCACAUGUCCCUCAGCCACUCCCAUUCUAGCUGCUUGCAAGCGUCCUCCUCUCAGCAGACCGCCGGCUCUCAGCACAGCCACAGCAACACUCACCACUUUGUCCACCAUAUCCAUCACCCUGCACCACAGCCCCCAGGAACCUUACCCUUUCAAGAGCCGAGCUGCCCUGUGGAACGCCCCAGUGCUCUGCCUGCCCCCUGUGCUGGAGUUAGCAACAGCAGCAGCAGCAGCAAUGCAUCCCACUACCAUGACCAGCAAACCCUGCCAGUGGACCUGAGCAACAGCAGUGUUCGAGGCGGUGGCACCGGGGGUGCUAGUUUCCAUGGCAGCACGUCAGCCUUUGACCCUUGCUGCCCGGGCUCCUCCUCACGGCCCCCUGCUUAUGUUUCACAUGCCACCCCAGGGCCCAGUCAGCCAGCUGUGGUGGACUCAUUCAGCUCCUCCAUGGUGGCUCAGCCACAAACACAACCUCAGCCCUGCAGACAUUACAUGCACCCACCUUAUGGCUCUCUAACGCGAUCCCUGCAUCAUCAGCCCUCCUCCGCCUGCCCUCACUCCCACGGGAACCCCCAACUCACACCGCAGCCUCCUCCACAAGGCGAAUUCCUCAUUCCCCACUCCUUUCAUACGCCACUGCCAUCCCAGGUUCCUCCCGCGCCUCCACCUCCCCUCUCCACCCACCACCUCCCCACUUCAACCGUGCCCCUGGCCCAGCACCUUCCACCGGACCACCAGACCCUGCAGCACCACAUGCCACCUCUGGGGCCUUCGGUGCAGAGGAUGCAUCAGCACGAGAUGCUGCAGAGGAUGGAGGUCCAGAGGCGGAGGAUGAUGCAGCACCCCACGCGGGCACAUGAGCGGCCACCUCCACACCCUCACAGGAUGCACCCCAACUACGGCCACGGACACCACAUCCAUGUGCCACAGACCAUGUCUUCCCAUCCUCGCCAGCCUGAGCAGAGAACGACAUGGGAGCUUGGCAUCGAGGCUGGUGUGCCAGUGGCUUCGUACGCUCCAGGGCACCUGCACUCUCACCUGCCCCACUACCAUACCCCCCCGAGACUGCACCACUUCCCCAUCUCCUUAAUGCACACUACUGGCAUUUCUGAAGUGACCUACCCGCACAUUAGGUACAUCUCAUCGAGAAUGACUGGCUUUGGAAGAACCUACGAGGACCUGCUGCAUUUAGAGGAACGACUUGGGACUGUGAAUCGAGGAGCCUCUCAGGGAACCAUAGAGAGGUGCACCUACCCACACAAGUACAAGAAGAAGGUGUUGGAGAGAGACAUUGACCAACAGUUAACCCCUGAAGCUUGGGCAUCUAUUGGGAAAAAUAUGCACGCAACCCCAGAAUCGAGAAAGCUGCACGGCAAGCAAGACGAAGAUGAGGGGGCUGAUGAAGACACGGAGGAGAAGUGCACCAUCUGCCUGUCGAUACUGGAGGAGGGGGAGGAUGUCAGGCGCCUGCCGUGCAUGCACCUCUUCCACCAGCUGUGUGUGGAUCAGUGGCUCCUCACCAAUAAGAAGUGCCCCAUCUGCAGAGUGGACAUUGAGGCGCAGCUGUCUGCCGAGAGUUGAUGCUGUUUUCCCAACAACACUUUUGUUUGUUCGGAGUUUAUUUUCUGAUCAUAUUAACUUUCUCUUCAGUACUGCAGUCAACCAAAGAUGGCACGAAUUACCUGCGCAGCUCUACUACGAGGAAAAAAAAGAAAAAGAAAACAAAAAAGCAUAGAGCCUAGAGUGCCAGCUCUCACAUAGUAGAACAACAACUAGAUUUCUCCAUUAUGGAUUUGAGAUUUUAUUGUAUUUAUGAAGCUUUUAUGUAGCUUUUGAUUGUUUCCUCAAGUGUCAUUUCGGUUUUGUUUCUCUGCAUGUUUCCUUGCAAUGCAUUUCUUUGCACAUAUAACGUGGGCUUAACACGGGCCGCCGAGUUGCAGGUGAGGGGAGCUGCUCUAGUAAAGCUGCAUUUCUGUAAACCUAAUGCCUUGCUUUACUGGAAUAGAAUGUCAACCUUCACUUUAACAAACAAAAAAAAACAUUGCAGGAUUCAUUUUACCAGUCAUUGUAUUGAUUAGUUUAUGUUUAGCAAUUGUGGAUUGUUAGUGAAAGAUGUUCUUUUUUUUUUUUUUUUUUUUUUCUCGGUUUUUGUUUUUUCUUCCAAGUAAAUCAAGACAUUCCUAACUAAGGAAAUAUGUAAACAAAUCAGCUGCUGUAUUAGUGCACACCCAGUAUUUCUAGAGUGGAAAUCAGCUCCAUGGUUCACCUCACUCCCAGAAUAUGCACAUGCUUUGCUACGACUACGCCACCCUCCUGCACCUUCAUUGGGCGACAGCACCCUCAUCACCAUCCCCAUGUAUUUUAGGAAGCAAAAAAAAAAAAAAAAAAAAAAAAAAAAAGAAUGUCACACCCCCUCUCUUGACUGUUGUUUCCAAACUGAGCGAUUGUCGGGAACUGCUGUGAAUCUUCUCAUCUUUUUUUAUUCCGUCGGGGUUCUUCCCGCAGACAGACGUGCGAAGCCUAACUAAGGGUUUUUUGUGAGGUGAUCUCAGGCCUGUGAGUGUCGAAGAGAUUUGAAAACUGGUGAUCAUGCUGUUAAAUUGAUACUGGCAGUGGCGUUGACUUUUUAAUCUCCUGCGUGAGUGUGAGAGUGCGUGUGUUUGCGUGUGUGUGUGGGUGCGUGUGUUCAGAGGGGGAAAAAAAAAACACAGCUCAAGUUGAGAUUUACUGUUUGUUCUCACACUUCUAACUGAUUUUGCCACCAUCCCUUUCUGUCUCUCUCUGUAGUUGAGCACCAGCGUCCAUCUUGGAUGCUGUGGAAAGAAAAAAAAAACACUAAUACUGUUGACUAACUCACUCGCAUAGACUUGCACAAGAGAGAAAACGGUAGAUUAGUAGUGAAUAUGACAGUGCGCUGAGGCCAUGUGUUUCCACUCUAAUGAUCAUGAGGGAAAAAAAAGAAAAAAUAUUUUGAGCUGAGUGUUGAAAUGCAGUACUUAAAGCAGGUAUCCAUGCAUUCAUUGACUUAAUGGCACCAGGAUCAUAUUAUGUGGGAUUUAUAUUAGUUUUGAAAAAUAAUAUUAAUAAACUUGGAUAACUCA